GCCUCUGUGAAUCAUGAUUCCGUUGUGAAAAGCACAAGCUAUUUGUCUUGCAUUCCAACAGCGCCGUUUAGAUUAUGAUUAGUUGACGUAUUUAUAUAUCUUUGCUAUGGGUCAACGUCAGUCUAACGAAGGCGCUGCUGAUGCCCAGGAGCCUAUUAAGACAAGCUAUUACGCACUGCUUGGUGUCGAGCGUCAAGCCACAGACGACGAAAUUAAAAAAGCAUAUCGGCGAAAAGCGCUUGAACUGCACCCUGACCGCAAUUAUGGGAAGGAGGACGAAGCCACCAAGCUGUUUGCAGAGGUGCAAACCGCGUACGAGGUGCUCUCGGACCCUCAAGAGCGAGCUUGGUACGAUUCGCAUGAGUCGGCCAUAUUGCGUGGUAGCGACGGAGGCGAGGGUCACUUCGAAGGCAGCGUAAGAUUCACGACGGCAGAGGAAGUUGUCGCCAUGAUUGGAAAGUUCAACGGCAGAGUACGCUUCGACGACUCGCCAGAAGGAUUCUUUGGAUUCCUCAGAGACGCUUUCGCAAAGCUUGCACAGGAAGAAGAGAUCUCUGCGAGCCUGGAAGGCGUCGACGUCCCCGACUAUCCUUCGUUCGGACACAAGGAUGAUACGCAUGACGGCGUCGUGCAAGAUUUCUACAGAGGCUGGGCGGGCUUCUCUACGAAAAAGUCAUUUGCGUGGAAGGAUCAGUACAGGUUAAAUGAGGCGGCAGAUCGACGAGUCAAACGUCUCAUGGAAAAGCACAAUAAGAAGUUGCGCGAAGAGGGUAUACGAGAAUACAAUGACGCAGUGCGUGCGCUCGUUGCAUUCGUUAGGAAACGAGAUCCUCGAUACAAACCGAACACACAGUCAGAAGCCGAACGACAAAAAGCACUUCGCGAGGCGUCGGCAGCACAGGCAGCAAGAGCGAGGGCGGCAAAUGCGGCAAAAAUGGAUGAACAUGUCCCCGAGUGGACCAAAGUGCGCGACCAGGAGGAACAGGUGGAAGAGAGUACGGAAGAAGAGAGUGAGGAGGAGCACUUUGAAUGCGUCGCCUGCCAUAAAAGAUUCAAGAGCGAGAAACAGUUCGAGGCCCACGAGAGGAGCAAGAAGCAUCAGAAAGCGGUGCACGCGCUGAGGAGGCAGAUGCAGAAGGACAACGCGAUGCUUAAUCUCGACGAGGAUACAGAGAGCAGCGGCAUGAACACUGGAACUGCUACCCCUCAGGACGAUGGACGAGUGGAGCAUGUUGAAGAGAAAAACAUGGCGAAGAUGGAGGAGCUUGAUCUAUCCGACAAAUCGGAGGGUCAGCAUUCUUCUGAUCUCGAACUUGGAGGCGAAACAGCCAACAAUGAAGAAGAAGGAGAAGAAGUACAAGCAGCAGAAGACGGAUUAGAAGUGGGUAAUUCCGACGACGACUCAGACUACGUACCGCGUUCGCGGAUCAAGUCCCGCCUCAACGGCCAUCUUGAGCACCACGACGACGCGCUGACGGGAUUGAACAAGGAAGAGGAUGAAAAGAAGUCCGAACCGGCACAGAAGAAGCUUGGAGCGGCGGCGAAGAAGCGCGCGAAAAGAGCGGCCAAGGCCGCAGAAGCACAGGAGGAAGCGGAAGAUUUGAAGUUCACGUGCGCACAAUGCAACGCGCGGUUUCCAAGCAGGACGCGCAUGUUCCAACAUAUCAAGGAUCUAGGACAUGCCGCGCCCGUACCGGCAGGAAAGGGCAAGAGUGGCAAGAAGCGAUGAGUGGAGAUACCUCCUUUGCCGUACUCGAUUCGUAUAGCGCAUGAAGCCGUCUCGACGGUCUAGGUGCAUCUUCGAUAUGUGAUCACGCAUGAUGAUACCCUAUAUUAACGAGCCAAUACAAAUUCCAUAGAGAAUAAUUGGGCAUUGCAUCGCCCAUCCAUGA